AUGAAGCGGGCACGAACCAGUGAAGUUUGGACACAUUUUACUGUAGAUUCAGAAGAAAAUAAAAUUGCCAUUUGCAAAAUAUGUCAGCAAAAGUGCUCAUUUAAAACAACGAUUUCGAACUUGAAUAAACACAUGAAAAGCAAGCAUGUUGCAGUAUUAUCGUCAUCGUCAAGCAAACAAAUGCGGCAAAACCCAGAAAAUAAAACCGACUCCACCAAUACACAGGUAUGUAAUUCAGAAAAUGUACAACCUGUGACUGGGUCAUCCUCAUCGGUUGCUAGCACAUCCAACAUAGUUGAGAAUCAUCAGGCGUAUUCAAGACAACUGGUGCAGAGUAAAAUUAAUUUACCAGUUAAAAAAUUAACUGCAUCUCAACGAGAAAAAAUUGACGAACAGUUGAUGCUUCUUUUUAUUAAAGAUUUUCAACCGUUCUCCAUUGUCGAGGAUACAGGUUUUAGGGCCUAUUCAAAUGCUUUAAAUGUUGUUUACCAGCUCCCGACUAGGCAACAUAUUUCUAAUACGCUUUUGCCGGCACUAUACGAAAAACGUGUAAACAGAGUUCGUACAAAUGAAAUAAAAAACAUCACUUCACUUAGUUUAACUACUGAUUUGUGGACAUCGGCGUCUCAAGAGAGCUACAUUGCCAUAAUGGCGCACUAUAUUGACAUAGAUUUUAAGUUCAAAAAGGUAUUACUGGAAUGUGCACCGUUGCCUGGCUCUCAUACAGCCGCAAAUAUCGCAGAGGAAAUCUCUCGCACAAUCGAUGAUCUUGGAAUUGAUAAAAAACAAAUUCUCAUCAUAACCACCGACAAUGCACAAAAUAUGCAAAAUGCUGUAAAACAGCAUUUGGGCUUAAAACAUUUUGGUUGUUUCGCCCACACAUUAAAUCUUGUGGUGGAGAAAGCCUUGGAGGUUGACACGGUAAAAUGCGACUAUUGA